AUGUGCAUUCAAAUCGUGGAAAGAUACGCAGUAUGCCGUUGUCUCUAUCACCGCCAUGCCAUCGAUCCCUGCGCAGCAAGAAAUCAACGAGGACAUGUCGUACAAGAGAGGAUCAUUCUCGUGGGGUAUACUUGUGGAUUACACGCAAGGCGACAGUCGCAGCCCAGAGCGGUUCCUGACGCAAGCCAGGCCAACGAAAGACGAGGACACACUCAGAAGCGACGGAGUGUUUGA